AAAAUAAUCGACAUCGAUAAGAUUCGUCUAGAUCACUUUCGCAGUUAGCUGAGCAUUGUUUUGUGUAUAUUUAAUGGCUUCUGCAACGCAGAGCAGUGGAAUGUUAACCAGAGAACAACUUUUUCACCUUUUCGAGCGUUUCACUAUUCUUACUACCCAGUCUGAUGUGAAGAAAAGGAUUAUAGAUGCUGUUCUGGAUAAGCAGGAAGCUGUUGCUGUGACCACUGCUCUACAGGAAGAAAUAUUUUUGGAGAUGGGUGUUGACCCAAGAUUUGGUAUUUCAUGCCUCGGAAAAAUCAGUACUGAAUAUGAGAAUGACCGAGAUUUGAUGAUUGAGUUUUAUAAAUUCCUCGCCAAAGAAGAGAUGGCCUGCGAUGAAGCAGAGCUUGGAGAAGAAGAAUUUGCAGAAAAAAAGAGCUAUCAACAAAACCUACAGCAACAGCAACUAGAGAUGCUGCGGCACAUGCGCAAGUUUAACUUGGAUGAUCAAUCUGCAAUCCUUGAGAAGUUACACCAGCAGAUGGAGAAUGGCAAUUAUGAAAGUGAGGCAUCCAUUUUGUCAGCUGGGCAGAUGGAAGAGAUAAUUCAAAGGAAGGUGACCCCUCUGUUUAUGCCAAGUUAGACCCAGAAUCUGCCCACAACCUGUCAACUAUUUUGUAUUGGCCUAUUCCAUAAUCCGUGAUAUGUAUUAUACUUUGUUUAUUUUCCAAAAUGCAUAUUAUUCCAUGAAACACUUAUUCUUUUUA